AUGGGGCAGCAGUUCAGCUGGGAGGAGGCGGAGGCGGCCGGCGAAAUGGACUUGGCCGAGCUCCAGGAGUGGUACAAGAAGUUCGUAGUGGAGUGCCCCAGCGGCUCUCUCUUCCUGCACGAGUUUAAGCGCUUCUUCAAGGUCACAGGCAACGAGGAGGCCACCCAGUAUGUAGAGGGCAUGUUCCAGGCCUUCGACAAGAAUGGGGACAACACCAUCGACUUCCUGGAGUAUGUGGCAGCUCUGAACCUCGUGCUGAGGGGCACCCUGGAGCACAAGCUCAAGUGGACCUUCAAGAUCUACGACAAGGACCGCAACGGCUGCAUCGACCGCGGGGAGCUGUUGGACAUCGUGGGGGCGAUCUACAAGCUGAAGAAAGCCUGCAGGAUGGAGAUGGAGUCUGAGCAGCACGGACAGCUGCUCACACCCGAGGAGGUGGUGGACAGGAUCUUCCUUCUGGUGGAUGAGAAUGGAGAUGGCCAGCUGUCUCUGAAUGAGCUCAUCGAAGGGGCCCGCCGUGACAAGUGGGUGAUGAAGAUGCUGCAGAUGGACGGGAAUCCCGGCAGCUGGAUCUCUCAGCAGAGGCGGAAAAGUGCCAUGUUCUGA